AUGUAUGCUGGUGGACCCGUAGCUGGCGCUGCCUACGGCGCACAAGAUCAGCAGUUCUUUACGCCCGCAGGUGCUGCAUCCCUUCAACAGGCUCAGGCUCCUGUGGGAUAUGGUCAGCCUGCGCAGGCAAUGGGCUACCCUCAGGAUCCCAACCAGCAAUUCCAGGCAGCUCCGAUCUACGGUGCGAAUGCUCCCGUCACGCCAGGCUAUGGUCCUACGAACCCUCCACCUGCGCAACAACCCCAGUCUCCAGGAAUGGCAGGCAUGACCCAGCAAUUUGGUCAGAUGGGUGUCCAGGGCGCUAUGCCCACCGCAGGCCGCGUCACGAACAACAUCUUCCCCGUCGAUUUGAUGACACAGCCGCCUAUCCCCGCCGAACUCGAUGCGCCCCCACCCACGAUUAACUUGCCCCCAAACACGGCCCUGACGCCAUCAGAGCACGCGAAUUGUCCUCCGGAGUAUAUGCGGUCUACACUCAAUGCUGUUCCGCAGACCUCGUCCUUGCUCAAGAAGUCGAAGUUGCCGUUCGCGCUUACGAUUCGUCCUUACAUUACGCUUCGUGACGAUGAUGCGCCUGUUCCCGUGAUCCCCGAUACCGUUAUCGCGCGUUGUCGACGUUGCAGAACAUACAUCAACCCAUUCGCCGUCUUCAUCGAGGGUGGGAAUAGGUGGCGGUGUCAGAUGUGUAACCUGACCAAUGAUGUCCCUCAAAGCUUCGACUGGGAUCCUGUGGAGAAUAAGCAGCUUGAUCGUUGGCAGCGUGCGGAGUUGAAUUACUCUGUUGUCGAUUUCAUUGCGCCGAAGGAUUAUAUGGUUAGGCCGCCACAGCCGUUGGUUUAUUUGUUUUUGAUUGAUGUGAGUAUGCCUGCGGUUCAAUCUGGACUCGUUGCGACGACCGCGAGGACUAUUCUUGAGAGCUUGGAUCGCAUUCCGAAUGUUGAUAAGAGGACGCGGAUUGGGUUCAUGGCUGUUGAUAGUGCGUUGCAUUAUUUUAGCAUUGUACCCGGACAGGCUGAGCCCAACAUGCUCGUUAUCUCGGACUUGGACGAGCCGUUUUUGCCGCAGCCUGAUGAUUUGUUGGUCAACCUCCACGAGUGCAGGGAAGGUGUCGAGACCCUCCUGAGCAAGAUGCAGGAUAUGUUCGGUGGUAACACCUCCACCGGAAACGCAAUGGGUCCUGCCUUGCGAGCAGCUCAUAAGCUCGCUUCUCCUAUCGGUGGUAAAGUCGUCUGCUUGAUGGCUUCUCUACCCAACUUGGGCGUGGGCGCCUUGAAGCCGAGAGAGGAUCCCAAGCUUUUGGGAACAGCGAAGGAGACUGGGUUAUUGCAGGCCCAAAACUCAUUCUACAAGAGUUUUGCGGUGGAGUGCUCGAAGAGCCAGGUUUCGGUUGAUAUGUUCUUGUUUGCGAGUGGGUACCAGGAUGUUGCCUCUUUGUCGUGUCUUCCCCGAUUUACCGGUGGACAGACAUUCUACUAUCCCUCAUGGAGUGCGAGUAGGACCGAGGACGCCGUCAAGUUCGCGCAUGAACUCUCGGAGUUCGUGAGUGCCGAGAUUCAAUUGGAGACCGUCAUGCGUGUCCGUGCGACAUCUGGGUUGCGUAUGUCCGCAUUCUAUGGAAACUUCUUUGCGAGGUCUUCGGAUUUGUUGGCGUUCCCUGCUAUGCCGCGUGACCAAGGCUACUGUAUCGAGGUUGCGAUCGAUGAGAACAUGACGAAGAGUACCGUGUGUUUCCAGACUGCGGUCUUGCAUUCGACGUGUAAGGGUGAGAGAAGGAUUAGGGUUUUGACGCUCUGUCUUCCCGUUACGCAGAAUUUGUCGGAGGUUUAUGCGUCGGCGGAUCAGGUUGCUAUUGCUACCCUGUAUGCUAACAAGGCUGUUGAGAGGACGCUUGAUUCUGGGUUGAAUGAUGCGAGGGAGACGUUGUUCAAGACGUUGGUUGAGUUGUUGCAGGUGUUUAAGAAGGAGUUGACCACCUCGAAUAUCGGCGCGGCGACUCCACUACAGUUCACGCAUAACCUACGACUAUUGCCGCUCUUGAUCUUGGCGUUGACGAAACACACCGGAUUACGGAAAACUACGCAAAUUCCCACGGAUAUGAGGAGUGCAGCGUUGGCGUUGUUGUCGUCUCUGCCUGGAGCACAUUUGAUUCCGUAUAUCCACCCCAGGUUUUACUCGUUGCAUAAUAUGCCUGACGAGGCUGGGUUGCCUGGUGCGGAGGGAAUCGUUAUGCCGCCUACGAUGAACCUGAAUUCCCAGUUUUUCGAGCCGCAUGGACUUUACCUCAUCGGGGACGGCCAACAACUCUUCCUCUGGGUCGGCCGUGCCGCCGUCCCGCAGCUCAUCCAGGACGUCUUUGGACUCCCCGACAUCACGGGUGUCCGGGUCGGAAAGGCCACGUUGCCCGUAUUGGAGAACCAGUUCUCGCAGCGGAUUAAUGCGAUUAUUGGAAAGAUUCGGGAGAGUAAGGAUGGGAGUUUGUAUUACCCGCAUCUUUACAUCGUGAGGGAGGAUGGAGAGCCUGCACUUAAGGCUUGGGCGUUGAGUAUGUUGGCGGAGGAUAGGACGGAUGGAGCGGCGGGGUACCAGCAGUGGCUUAUGCAGUUGAAGGACAAGGUGAAUGCGUGA